UGGUCGGACGUGAUUUUGCCGUUCUGUUCCGUCAUCGCGUGGUUGCGUUGCGUCAUUUUGACAUUCCGUUCAGCGCGCGCGGGGGUGUCUUAUAAAAGUGCGUGAUUAGAAUACUUUCCCCGAAGGAGAAAUUGUUUUGAAAGUGACGGAAGAGAGGAAUUCCGGAGUGCCAAGAAUCUUGUGUGUUUAUGUGUGGGUGCGGAAAGGAUAUAUUUUUAGCAGAAGAAAUCAAGUUUUGCUCGUUGCUGGUACAAAGUGUGUUGGUUGAAGAUAGAGGUGAAUGAAAAAAAAAUAAUAUUUUUAGUCUCGAGCGAAGCACCCACGCAUCCCGAGAGAGAGAGUCAGCCCGGUGGAGGUUGAGUGCGUUCCUGCUCUCAAGAUCGAAGCAAUCCAUGGAUUACGAAACGAAACGACAACAACAAAAACGAAGAGUGCGUUGAUUUUGUGCGGUGGGUAUUGUGUGUGUGUGUAUGACCAAGAAUAAUCGAAACGUGCGGUGUUUGAAUUUGUGAGUCGUGCGUGACGCGAUCCAGUUUAAAGGCUUCGUGGAUAAUCUUUCUCCAACUUGACAGAAGAGGGAAAAUUGCACGCGGGAUAACGUUUCCGCUGGGGGGCUGUAAGGCAAAAGGUAUCAUCGAUUAACAUGUGCCUUAUGGUGGCAGUUCUAACCUGGAUGCAUUGUGGUUGUGUGCCAAAGGACCAUUAAAGUCAGCAUCGUUGCGGGAAGUAAGAAGCCUAUGUCGGAGCAGCGUGUCUUAUUCCUAGCGAGCUUAGAAUUUACAUUGUCGCACGACGACGACUAGCUGAGCUCGUUCCGUACACGUUUGCUCGUUCGUUUUGUUGGUUUUUGAUGGCGUGGAAAAUCGAAAAAGUCUGAUUGAAACGAAGAGAUUAGUAGAGAGCCAACGAUGUGCUGGCGACGCGAAUUGCCGCAAAGGUGUCAGUUCUAAAUUGCGCGCGUGGUCUGAGGUCUGAAGUGUGAAGAAAGAACGUCGAAUGUGAAGUGUACGACACGGAAAAUAACAACAGAGAAUACGAAAAUAAAACGUGAUUUUGGCGAAGCGCUCCUGCCAACGAAAUCGACGGAAGAGAUGUGGAUUUUGUUUUAAUCGGUCGUCGUGAUUUGCUUGUUUGCUUGCCGGUCGGUGUUGUGCCUCGAUGGUGCUGGUGAUUCGAGGAAUUUCGUUCGGAGGUGAACUGAUUAGACAACGACGACGACGACGACGGAGCUAAACGAGGCAAAGGAAUAGCACAAGAAUCAAAGUAGGAAAAGGAAACCCCUCGGAGAUUUUGACAGCUGCCUGGGCGAGCGAGAAACCGAGAGCGAGAUCGGUUGCGAAAUAUGUAAACAAACGGCAGCAUGGUUUCGUUGAGCGCCACCAAACUGGCCACGGAGGACAACGGCAACCACUUUGGCUCUGGUAAACAUAGCAGGCCACGGAAAAUGGGUUAACCAUGUGUGCAUGUCAGAGAGGUAAAUAAUCACGGCCUGCUGUUUGGACGACUGUGACGAGGAGUGGAAGUGUAAUGUAAAUUUACCCCCCGAAAAAAAUAAUAAAAAAAAACGUUAAGUCCGACACAAGGAAGUAGUGAAAAACAAGAAACCCCCGCAAACGAUUAAUUACACAGUGCAAGAGUGAAAUCGUGAAAUGUUCUCGGCGGUGUCCGAGCGAAGCGUUGCGAAACUACAACGGUUGCGGGCAGUAGUGGUAUGGUGACGUCAUCGUCGAAAAGGGCAGCGUGGUACCGCCAAGUGAAAGGAUCACGUGACGAUUAGUAAUUAAGAAGAAGAAGGGGGCCUCCAGGUUGUGCUCCCUAGUAGUGAUAGUAGUGAAUCGUGCUGCAAGAGUGACGAAGAAGGCGUUUUUCGACGUCCUCCAAAAGGUCUUUAACACGGAAGGAAAGCGAGAAUGACGAGGAGAUACGGAGAUAAAAGAAUGUUCCUCACCUUCGCCAUCUGGCAGUGCUGGCUGCUGGUCGGCCUGAUACAGCGGACGGUCGUUGGACUGGAUCCCAAAUUUGAUCCCUCGACACGGAUGCGGUUAGUCCUGGUGCCGGCCGAUGCCACCGUCGGAUCCGUCAUCUACCGGUUGCGGGCCAACGACGAGGAGUUUGAGUACCCGCUGCAGUUCGAGCUGGUUGGUGACGCCUCCUCCUCGACGGUCCAGAUCGAAACCCUCCCGUGCACCAAGUUCAACUCGAUCUGCCAGGCCAAUGUGAUCCUAACGCGACGGCUGGAAGCCGGCCGGUACUACGACUUCCAGGUUUCGGUAAAGGACACCAAGGGUGGCAUGUCGAUACAAAGCUGUUCGAUCACCGCCACCAACUUCACCACCCCACAUGACCUGAUUUUCCCACACAAAACCGGCAUCAUCAUGGUACCGGAGGAUGCCAAAAAGGGAACCGAACUGGACUACGUACUGGCAAACAAGAAUCCCCUACUGGCGAAGCCGGUCUAUCUGGAACUCUGGGGUUCGCCGCUGUUCGCCAUCCGACAGAAGAUCAUCUCGCCGGAGAUGACCGAAGGAACCAUCUUCCUGCUGGGACCGCUAGAUUUCGAAAAGCAGGCCAUGUACCAUCUCACCGUUCUGGCGAACGAUGCCUAUGCGGAGCCAGGACAGGAUUCGAGGAACAUUGCCGGCUUGGAGGUGGUCAUCAUCGUCGAGGAUGUGCAGGAUGUUCCACCGGUUUUCACGGUGGCGCCACCGGUCACUCGGCUCACACCGGGGCUGAUUCCCGGUGAUAAGGUUCUGCAAGUACACGCCGAGGAUGGUGACAAGGGCGUACCGAGGGAGAUUCGGUAUGGAUUGGUUUCCGAAGGAAAUCCGUUUACGUCAUUCUUUGACAUCAAUGAAACGAGUGGUGAAAUUUCCCUCCUGCGCCCUCUGGACGACAUCCUGGCACUCACGCACGUCGGGGACCCGGUCCUGCUGACAGUCAUCGCCGAAGAGGUCAAGGUCGCUCGCGAUGAACCUCCAGCCAUGGCCACCACCGUGCAGUUGGCAUUCUUCCUCCCGGAACGUAGCAAUUCACCGCCAUACUUUGAAAACGACCAUUACGUCACCCGGUUGGAGGAAAAUUGUGCACCCGGCACCACGUUGUCCUUCACCGAUCCCUACACGCCUCGGGUGAUGGACGACGACGCCGGCAAGAAUGGAGUGUUUUCGCUGACGCUGAUCGGAAAUAACGGAACGUUUGAGAUUUCACCGAACGUUGCCGAAGGGCAUGCUAACUUUGUGAUUCGGGUGCGCGAUAACUCGCUGCUGGAUUACGAAACUGCAGAAUAUGUCCACUUUCAGAUCCUAGCCCAAGAGUUGGGUCCAGCAACGAACCUUUCGGCCUCGGUCAACGUUACCGUCUACCUCUCGGACGUCAACGACAAUCCUCCUAUGUUCGAGCAGAACGACUACAUCGUAGAUCUUCCGGAAAACAUGACCGCAGGGACGCGAGUCGUCCAGGUGCACGCCACAGACAUGGACACCGGUCUUGGCGGGAAAAUCCGCUACACACAAAUCCUCGGUCCACAGAAUACCUCACUCAACUUGGAUGCAACCUCCGGGGUCAUCACCGUAGCUACCAACAACCAUGGUUUCGAUAGGGAAACCAUGCCCGAGUACCACCUGUACGUGGAAGCCCGCGAUGACGAUGGGAUCGGCAACCGUGCCCAGGUCCUGCUCGUCAUCCGCUUGAUAGACGUAAACGAUCAUACUCCGACUUUCGAGAAAAGUCUCUACGAGUUCAUAGUCUCCCCAAACCUGCGUAACUUCACUGUCCCGGCAUUCAUCAAAGCCAUCGAUAGCGAUGCCGAAGCACCGAACAACGAAGUUCGCUACGAACUGAUCUACGGAAACUACGAAAACAAAUUCGAGCUGCACCCAAUCACCGGGGAGCUCAAACUCACAUCGGCACUGGUCCGGAGGAGCAAAACCGUUCGCCAACGGCGACAAACUAGUCAGCAGUCUUCCGAAUCGGAUGUGUUCGUCCUGACGGCACGGGCCUUUGAUCUUGGUGUUCCGGUGCGCUUUUCGACGACCACCAUCCGCGUCUAUCCGCCGGAAAGUCGAACCCGAACGAUGACCUUCAUCGUCCCCGGGCACGAUCCGGACCGGGCCAAGGUGCAGGAGACCCUGGCCGAUGUCACUGGUGGCCGGGUGAUCAUCCAGGACAUUCGCCCGUACAAUGGGAACGUCCCCGGAGCCACCGAUAUUAGCACCGGUGAAAGCAAGGACCGCAGCGUGGUCAUCGCGACGAUACUGUACGACGGGGACUCCGUCGUCGAUAUCGGCCGCAUUCAGCAAAGACUGUCCGUUAACGGAACCGUGACCAAUAGUAUUAGUCAGGAUGAGCGGAGUGCGAUCCUCUACAAGGCGGAGAAUCGCGUCCUGUUCUGGCUGUUGAUCUUCCUAGCCAUCCUGCUGGCGCUGGGUAUUCUAACCCUGCUGCUGUGCUGCAUCUGUCCCUGGUGUCCGCUGUACGCUGCCACGAGAAAAAGAGUAAUUAGAGUCAAUAGUAUCGAAGAUGAUGUACAUCUUGUUCAUAGAGAGCAAGGCAUUGGAAAACAGUCAAAAUCUGUUCAGGUCGCGGAAUGGAUGGGACGAAGAGAAGCCUGGUCGGCGGAUCGAUCGUCCGAUUCCCGUACCAAACCGACGCGUUGGGAAUUUAGAGGAAGACGACACGCUAACAAAGCACUAGCCGCCGCCGGCCACGACAACCGAGGCAACACGAUCGGCGACGACAACGACGACGAUGACAGAGGAGGAGAAGGAGGAGGCAGUGGUGGAGCGAGAGACCUGGUGGGAGUCAGCGAUAAGAAAACCAUGACCGAUGGUAGUGGUAAAACGAAAGACCAGACUGUUAAGAUUAGAAACGAAUAUAAAUCCAAAUCGGCCAAGAACCACGGUGCUGCGGUUGCAGCUGCAGGUGACGGUCUGCACCGAUCCCGAAGCAACCUGCUGAACAACGAGCAACGGGAAAUCUACGUGGAGGAUGUGGACGAACACGAUCCGGAGUAUCAGACGUUGCGGCGAGUCCACCAGCAUCCCACUCAGACACAGAUCGAUGAUGAUUCGAUGCGACGGCACGAGAUGGACCGGGGAAGCGAUUUGAACUACGAACGAAGGGGAAGCUUCAAGCGCCAGGGUGGACUGGGGGUGAAUGGUGUGGAGGAUUCGCUGGAACCGAGGGAUCAGUAUUACAUCAAAGAUGGCAAUGCGGAAAUUUUGCGGUUGAUAACGAGGGGUAGGAAUGAGGAGGAAAAUAUCUACGUAAAUGUACCGCAGAGGGGUGCCGGAGUAGGUGGUGGUGGCGGAGGAGGAGGAGGAGGAGGUCCAGGGCAGUACAUAAUGGUGGAUAAUGGCGGGAAGGAGAUUCUGAUGAGGAGGUACAUCGAGGAGCAAGCAAAUGGAAAGCAGAUUAUAAGGGAGCACUAUCAGCUACUGCCAGGGACGACGUUCAUACAGACGAUUCCGAAUGAGGUUCCCGGUUAUCGAGGGGAGCACGUAACGGAGGUGAAGAUUGGACACGAUCACGAGAAGUCAAACCGGGGAUCGAACAAGGACGAGGAUGAGAACGAGAUUCAGAUAACUCAUGCAGUGUCGAAUCAUUCGUUGAUUCAUCAGGAACUUGAGACAUCGUUGAAGCAGCAGAAUGCGCUGCUGAGACAGAUACUCCUGGAGAAGGAGAAGCUAGAGGAGAAGUACAAGGAACACGAUCAAGCAAUGGAGACACAGAGCUUGCCGUGUCAGGCGGUGGUUGCAACGCAGACUGAUUGCGAAACGUCAACUCAAACGGAACCGAUGAAGAUUGACCGGAGGCGAACAAAGAGCGAGAAUGACGAUUCCUUCUCCGAGGACGAGUACGAAUAUGUGAAGUACAGUCCUCCGGAUAGCCCGGAUGAUGUAUACCUGAUCAAGCGGAAGCGAACGCGGAAGAAGACCAAGUAUAAAUCGGAUGGGGAAUCAAAUGGAAAAGCUGGAAAGAGAUUCAUAACGGUGGAAUCGGUCAAGCGGAAGAUUCGAACACCAAUUCAGGAAGAAGAGGAACCGAGGAAGACUCCACCAAGACACAGUGAAACGCGGGCGAGUAUUUUGAGGCGGAAGAAGAAUGAAGAGAGAUUGAAGAAGGACGUACUGAUGGAGAUUUCCGACUCCUUGGAAGAUAAAGAAACCAAAAAGAAGGACAGGCGGAAGAAGGUCUACAAGAAGAAUGUAAAGUAUUUCGAAGAUUCGGACGGAUCGGACAAGGAAGUCGUUCAAAAGUACUUCUCAGCCGAUAGCUUAGACAUCAAUUCGGACAUGGACGACUACACGUAUGAAGUGACGACGACGUCCAAAUCGGUAACGGUUUCACCGCGGUCUGGCAUUCAGCAGCGGAUAUCCAGGAAAGACAACAAAACGGAAACGACCUCCACUAGGAUACGACUGACGACAUCCGAGUCGCCUUCUCGAUCCCAGAAAGGUCCUGCGCCGAAACCUCCUCGAAUGACCAAAUCUCUGUCGAAAGAACGUCUGGAAGAUGGCAGAGAAAUCCCUGCGAAGUAUAUGGAUUGGUACCACAACCUCAGAGAAGAUUCACUCGAGAAAAAACCCGCCAAGUACAGAGAAAUCGAAAAGAAGGUUGUUAAAAAGAAGGUCGUAUCUUCGUCCUCAAAAGAAGACGAACCGAAAUCGACAAAGCCCGAACCAAUGCCGCGAACGUCUCCUCCAAAAGAUGCUCGGUUUCUCAAGGAAGACAUCCAACUAGCGAAGAAGGCCCAAUCGCUAUCCAAUGACGCCACGAGUCAUCCUCUGCUUCAGCAUUCCGAGCAUCGCUUCGAAUCAGCGUACGACACCAGCUCUCAAGUUCCUCCUCCUCCGGACAAGCUUCCGCACUUCCUAUAUCCGGAAGCUCCUCCCAUCGUGAACCGAGACAACAAGGUUCAAAUCAAGAUAGUGGACUCAUCCGCCAGCAAACCUUCUCCGAUCCACGAGAAUGAAGUCAAAGAACCACGACCUCGACCUCCGGAUCCGUCCGUCACUGCGGCAACAACAACCGGAACCGCUACGACUGCCACAACCACCACCAAAACCCUCAACGCUUCCACCCUGGAAGACGACCACGACUCCGGCAUUGCCAUGAACUCGUUGCUCCACAACAAGAGCAAACGCCAUCCGCUCACGGACAAGAAGAGCAUCUUCACCAUCGCGUACGACGACGUACGCAUCCGACAGAUCCGAUCCGAGAGCGACACGCCGCCGUUUUCCUAACAGCGGCCGGAGCAGUCUGCUCAGCAGCCUAGUGAGCGGCGGAAGAGCGAGCAGCACCACUCCGAAGCCGAACAGUAGCAGCAGUAGCAGCAACGAAGACGGGGCUGACAGCAGUUGGCACUUCGUCAGCGGAAAAGUGACUGAGAGUGAAGGGGAUGGCGACGCAGCCUGUUCAUUUCCAAAUGUGCUUCCCUGAGCAGCAAUCCCCAUUUAGGAAGGAUUUUUUUUUUAUCAAAGUACAAAAAGCUAACAAACCGAGUCCCGAUCCCAGCAAUGUGCCGUUGGAUCGCCCUCCACACUUCUCUAAGCCCUUGCAAAAAGAAAACAAGUUCUAAAAUUGGAAGAAACGUGAAACUGCCAUAAGUUCUAAGUUCACUACAAAAGAGCCAUUUUUUCCUAGCAAAAGACAAACCAUGUCGUGAAUAGUUGUAUCAUGUAGCAACAAUAACAACAACAAAAAACAAAUAUGUAGUAGUUUUACCACUAUCGCAAAACCGCAAACCGCCAAUAUUCGUUGUCGAACGUUGUGUUUAUGAUUGUUACUCGUUUAAAAUUCCUAUAUUGUUUAGUGGCAAAAACCCCCCCUACAAAGUGUCAUUUCUAGGUGAUAAGUUACGCAGCUGUACAUGUUCGUUUUUAAGUGUAAGUCGCUAAGUGCCCUGUAAAUAGUUAGUCCCGGUAAACAAAAGCGAACCCAAUCAAUCGUGAUCAGUACAAGAAGCAAGUAUUCCAUGACGCAUCCUCCGGCAAGGUAUUAGCAUUUGGUUUCCCAUCCCAAAUUUUCCCCCAUCUGGUUAUCAAAUAACUAGUCUGUUUUAACGUUCUAAUCUUCCAGAGUGAAAGCCUUGGCGAACACAAACCGCUGUGACGUUGUGACUAUUGUUUUAGCUAGAGGAAAGCCUUUCACCGGGUGUAGUUUUGUUUGUGUAAUGACAAUGGGAAGAUUCUGUUCAAAACGAAUGCUGAAACGAUACGAAGUUGAAAGUAAGUCCAAUCCUCGUUCUGUGUUAUGUAUGUGUAAUGGUUAAUUUGCUUAGGAACCGAAUGUUACACGUUUAGUUUUAUGGAUAUUACGGCUCUGAGCUAUUAUUGUUGGGAGGCUGCUGGCCUUCCAAAGACCCUGUAAAGUAGAUUUGUAAGCCUUGUGUAAAAAGUUAGUGGAAAACUAGUGCUAUAUAGCAUUCUUUUCUUUUCGCCCUAUUGUGGAUAGAAAGUAUUCGUAGUCUGUGUAUAAGAAGGUUCGUCUGUAACAGGAACCGAGAUGUGUAAAUUGGAAACACUACAAUUAGCAGGAGCUACACUAAGAAGUAUAAAAGACGAUAUUUUGAAUAAUA